UCCCGCUGAAUCUAGCUGGAAACAGAUAAAACGGUACAACUGCUAAAAAUUGAUUAAUUAUUAAACAAACCUCGCCAGAAUUCUUUGAUAAGCUUCCGCUGGAGUUCGGGGCAAUAACAACAAGCGAACCCUCACGAAGCGGCCACCUACCGCCCGCCCAUUCGACGGCCAAAGUCGGCAAUCGAGUGCCGCAGCUGAAAGUGCGAAAGCAACUGCCCUGCGGAGGGUAAAGUUCACAGCAAUUUUCCUUUUGUCCGGAGUUGAGUCAGUCGGAACCCGUCGCCAUGGUCGACAACAACAACCUGCGCAGUGCGGUGAUCAACGAGGCCCCCCUGCUGCCGCCCUCGAGCAGCUUAGGAGGGGGCGUGUCCAGCGGAGGACAUCCGGCGGAGGCAGUGCUGCGCACUCCGUACGGAAACGUUAGGGCGCUGCCCGGUCCGCCGCAGCCCCCUCCUCUGCCGCAGUCACCGUUCCAGCAGACACAACAGCUCGGAGGAUUCGGCGGUGGAUACGGAGGAAACAACUACGGUCUCGGCGGAUUCGGCGGCUUCAACAGUGGAGCCUUCGGAUACGGGGGAAUGGGUGGAUUUGGAAGCGGCUACGGAUACGGAGGCGGCUACGGCGGAGGCUUUGGCGGGGGUUACAACAGAUUCGGAGCCUUGGGCGCCAAUGAUCCGGAGCAGCGAUUCAUUCAGAUGGCCGAGGCCAGCUCGCGACCGGCCUUCCAGAGCAUCGAAUCCCUGGUGUCGGCCAUCGGCAACAUUGCCUCCAUGCUGGACUCAACGUUCUUCGCGCUGACCAGCUCUUUUCGGGCCAUUCUCGGCGUGGCGGCGAACUUUGGACGGCUGCGCAGUGUGUUUGCCCAGUUCUGGACUACUUUCGCAAUCUUCCGAGGUCUGAACUGGAUUUACAGAAAAAUCCUCUUCUGGCUGCGACUAUCGAAUCUGGAUCCUUCGUCAGUGGCCUUUAAAAAGGCCUUUGCCGAGGCCCUAAGCGACAACAAUCCCCAGGCGGGAGGAACACCUCAAGCACCACGAAAGGGCAGCUCACCCUGGCCGGUCCUGGCCUUCAUCAGCUUCAUCUUCACAGCUCCCUACUUGAUCAUGAAGCUGCUGGGCACCGUGACGAACACCGCCCAGGAAGAAGCCCGUAAUCCAGCCAAGUGGACGGCACCGAUUCAGACCCAGGCCGUUUACGACUUCGUGGGACGCAGCCAGAGCGAGCUUUCGCUACGCGCCGGCCAAACGCUCCAUGUGGCCCCCCGCGACAUCCAGCAGACCCUCAACCUGCUCAACACCGGUUGGGCCCUGGCCACCACAAACGGUCAGACCUCUGGCAUCAUUCCAAUAAGCUAUGUGAAAUCGCCUCAGCAAAUGCGUCAGGAGAUCCAGGACCACAUGAAGCCCGUCCAGCCACAGCCCGAACUGAUGGAUUUGUCCGCGGCAGCCUUUGCGUCUCCGCCGUUGGAGCAGCAGAUGAACUACGACUUCAAUCUGGCCGCCCGGCAGCAGGUGCCGCUGGGUCCGCCCUCAACGAUGGAAGCUGUCCUGGGCGAGGGCUUUGCCUGAGCAGAACAACUCCACCGGAAAUUAGUUUUAAUUUUAGUUUGGUUCAGCUUCUGUAUAUGUACGUCCUUGUAUUUUAGGUUAGCUUCCGCCUUUUGUAUAUUUCCAUUUAGUUGUAAAUGUUAAUUACUCAGCGAUCCCAAUGAAAGUAAACAUUAACCAAA